CGGCCCAUAUGAUUCGGCCCAGAAGAGACUUAAGUUUUAUAAUACUUAACGGUUUACUCAGUGAACCGGAGUGAGACAGAGAGAUGAGGCCGGAGAUAGUUCUGUUCGGCGACUCGAUUACGGCGCAGUCGUUUAGCUCCGGCGGUUGGGGAUCUGCUCUUGCCGAUGCUUACUCUCGCAAAGCUGAUGUUGUAGUUCGUGGCUAUGGCGGCUACAACACCCGAUGGGCUCUCUUCUUGCUUCAUCACAUUUUCCCUCUCGGCUCUUCGUCUCCUCCUGUUGCUACGACGAUAUUCUUCGGUGCAAACGAUGCAGCUCUUAAAGGAAGAACCAGUGAUAGACAACAUGUGCCGGUGGAAGAGUACAAAGAUAAUGUCAGAAAGAUUGUUCAGCAUUUGAAGAAAUGUUCACCAACAAUGCUAAUUGUUCUUAUAACUCCACCACCAAUUGAUGAAGCUGGACGACAAAGUUAUGCAGUAUCAAUCUAUGGUGAGAAAGCUAUGAAAGAGCCUGAAAGAACAAAUGAAACAACGGGAAUCUACGCACAACAUUGUGUUGCAUUAGCUGAGGAACUCGGUCUGCGAUGUGUCAACUUAUGGUCUAAGAUGCAGGAAACCAAUAAUUGGCAGAAAAAGUACCUAAGUGAUGGGCUCCAUCUCACGCCUGAAGGCAAUGGAGUAGUUUUUGAUGAAGUCUCGAGAGUUUUUAGAGAAGCUUGGCUCUCUCCUGAAGAAAUGCCAUUUGAUUUCCCUCAUCAUUCGCAGAUCGACGGUGAAAACCCUUCGAAAGCAUUCGAAGAACGUUGCUUGUGAGAACGAUCGAUCAGUUAUCCCCAAAUUCAUGAAUAGUCUUCUUUUGAUUUAAAUUCAUGAGCACGUUUCAAUGUUGUGAUUUAGAAAACUCUCGAUGUGAAUAAAUAUCUAAAAAGUGC